UAUUAGGCAUUUCCCAGCGCAGACUUCUCGCUCGAUUCCCAGGCUUUGAGCCUUCCAAACCCAAGUUUAGGGACUAACCUCUUACACCAGAUGUUGGGAUGCCUACUGCUCCAAAUAUAUUAUCUAUUUUUCAUGCUGCAUCUUAAGGGAUUAUUGAGAAUUUAGAACUCUUCUUUCCCCACUUUAUAGAUAGACCAACAGAGAAAUCGAAAUCCAGAGCCGUUCAAAUCACUCUUUGGAAGCAGGGAAUUAUUAAGGCACUUUUCUGCUAUCGCAGGAACCAAGGCAUACCGUUUCCGUCAGUUUCUAGCUAUCUAGAGACUCGGGCAUUUAUUUUCCUAGCCGGGCCAGGCAAGUUCCCAGGGAGUGGACAGGCCUGGGAGGUGGAGACAAGAGGAAGGAGGAAGUGUAAAUCCAGUCCCCUAAGCCCCCUACGGUGGCGGACACCCGGGCUUCUCUAAGGAGUUCUGGUCCUUAGAACCUUCCUCCUAAGGUCCCUUUAAAAGAUUUGUCCCUUACCUGAGUCCCGCCCAGGGCAGGUAAUGCAAGCCCCGCCCCACUACCAGAAACUGAGAUCUGGCUGGGUUACCACUGGGAGUUGGGGACCCAUCGUCCCUCCCCUCCCCUCCCCUCCCCUCUCCCUUACCCUCUCCCAGCUGUCUGCUGCUGGCCCAGGAGGUCUCCAUUAAAGAGGAGCAGCAGUGUUUACACAUCUAGGCAGGGCCCAAGCAGUGACCCUUUGCCUUAUUCCCCACGGUCUGAGGCACCAGUCACCUACACUGCACCUGGUUUCAGGUGUCUACAAAAUAUGAGGAGCCACCCUUCCCUGCUGCUGCUCUAUAUGGGAUUGGCUGUCUGCCUGGAUUCCUCACCCAGUGAAAAGCAAGACCAAGGCCCAGAAGUCUUCCUUGCCCAUCCAGUGGCCCAUAGGUUCCUGGGGGCCCUCAGGCGGGUCCCACGAGCCAAUAACUGGGACCUGGAGCUGUUCACCCAGGGGAACCUGGAGCGGGAGUGCAUCGAGGAGCAGUGUUCCUGGGAGGAGGCCAGGGAGUGCUUUGAGGACAACACCCUGACGAAGCGCUUUUGGGAGACCUACCCCUACAAUGGCAAAGGAGGGCAUAGACAAGUGGACGGAGCAGCCCUGGCUGUGGGGCUGACAUCUGGCAUCCUGCUCAUCGUGUUGGUUGGCCUGGGAGCCUUCUGGUAUCUGCAUUAUCAGCGGCGGCACCAGAACCCAAGGCAGCAGCUGAGUCCCCAAGAGAGCAGCCUCAUCAGCCCUCUGAGCCCACCGACUCCCCUGCCUCCACCUGGACCGCCAGGCCUCCCCACCUACGAACAGGCGCUGGCGGCCUCUGGGGUGCACGACGCACCUCCACCCCCUUACUCAAGCCUCAGGAGGCCUCAGUGAAGAACUGCUGCGGAGCUGGGCUCCCCGACCGUGCUCCCGAAUCACAACGGAUUCCGGAAACCCCCAGGCCUCUUAAAAGUCCCGAGCUGAGCUGGGGGUGGGAGGAGAUCUGGGGUCGUCUCACCCGAGGCCUGCCUUGGCACACGUGUUUCCGCCGCGUACAGAUACACGCACCAACGUGUUGCAGAGCUCGAGUGCCUGCCCCUGGCGCGCCCCUACGGUGUCCCACGGUGGGGGGGUGGGCACCGGCCAGUGCGGUCCUUGGGAUAGGCAUGCACGCAGGCCGGGUGUGCAGCCUUGCGUGUGGUCAGAUGUGACUCCAUCAUCGCCCUCGGGUGCCACGGGGCACGUACACGCGGAAAGCCCGGCCCGUGCACACGCGAAUCUUUAGCCUCCGUGCGCGCACUGAGGCGCUUCAUAACCCAGGGAAAGGGUGGGGGGCUUAUUUGGAAGUGUGCUAGAGGAGACAGGCUCAUGUUGCACCCGGGAACCGGAGUUGAGCUGUUCCUCUAAAUAAAGACCCUUUGGAAAGGAACCCCCCCCCUCCAAAAAGGCCGAAACAAUGCAAAAAUAAAUAAAAAUCUAAUGAACUGAACCGCGUUCUGAGCGCA